AUGGUUUUCUCUCGCACUUGUUUUGGCAAACUAUCCCCUUUUUUAGGGUUUUGGAAUUUUCUUCGGACAUGGGCAAGUGUUCAGCGAUGGAGGCAGCGGGCUUUUGGAGACGGGCACACCGAGUGGCAUGAUGGUAUCCAAAAGGCGACGACUUGGCCUUGCAGCUCUCACAUCAUCGCGAUUUCUGGUCGUUGAUGGAGGAAUUGGUGGUUCCACUGGUAGACCAGGUGUUCAGAUUGGGCAUGUGACUGGGACGGAUAUAAUGAUGGGCAACGGGCGUGUGGAAUUUGGGCCUGCGCAAGUGGACCAUUUCUUGGUAGCAACUUUGGACAGCAGACUAUUUGCUGUGGCCUUUCUGGACCCAACAAGAAACCAGAUGGCUUCAAUGCGAGAUAAGCAGCGAGGAGCCCCCCAGUGGCUCUCAUCUAUUCGAUAUCGUUUACAGCUGAUGGUGGAUGAACUGCGAUCACAAUUGGGAGCUCUAUUCGAAGCUGGUGGGGGGGCAGCUUCAUCGAACCUGCCGUUCCAGGAAGGGAUGACGAACAUGUUGCAGGUCAUCGGGGAGUUGGAGGAUGGUCCCAUAGAUGGUUAUCAGGAGGAGACUCUGAAGCGGUGCUGCUAUGACAUCUUCGAGGAGGGGCAGGAUGUGUACGCAGCGCUGGAGGAGGAGUGGUACCUGCACUUAGAGACGGAAGAUGAGGAUAACGCUGACGCGAGCAUCAUCACCUGUGACGAGCUUCAGGAGGGCCGAGCUUGUGUGGAUGACGUCCUUGCUAUUGACAAACACGUCAACAACAACAACCAAAGCGUGCAGGCCUGUGGAUCAAACAUGGGGUUCGUGAACACGGGGGCGCGCGGCAAUAGCGGCAACAACAUUGACAACAACACCACCACCAACGGCAACCACGAAGCAGAGAUCGUGGGCGCCUGCAACACCGCAACACCGCAACUGUUGCGCAUGACACAGAUAUAAGCGUGGAAAUUGUGAGUUCGUGCACGCCAGAUUGCAAUAACAAUGAUAACAACAACAGCAACAACAAAAAUAACAACAAUGA